UGCAGUGGGCUGCCGCCACUCUGACAUUCAAGCUCAAAGCAGCCCAGGUGCUUCUGUAUGUCUGUAGAGGGAAAGAAACAGCGCAGACAGUUUUGUAACCAAAUACAAUCAACAAAAUAUGUCGACAUUGCUGGACCACUGAUGCAGGUGUGCUUGUUCUAUGAGUCUUCUGAAAACACCCUCGUUAGCCGUAGAGAGGUGGAACAGCCAUGAGUCUGCUGUGAUAAUGGAUCGCAGGAGGACAGACUGGAACAGAAAUCAAAGAUGUGAUGACAACAACAGUGUCACAGAGUCUGAGUAUGAUGUGGUGGAUGACCAGGAGGAACUGCUAAAUGUCCACAUUCUUCCUGCAAGACCAUUAUAUGAUGAGAGAGAUUAUGCAGACAGGGAUAUUCCAAGGUCAUCAUCGUCUCAGAGCCUCUCAUCACUCUCCACUGGUAACUCCAACACCUCCUCUAGGAAAGUCCCACCCAUUUCAGGGCCUGCUAUAAAUAGAGACCUGAAGCCAAGCAGAAGAAAGACUGUAUUCGAUGAGAGGGCCACACCUGAGCAGCCAGGAGACCAGCACUCGGACAGACACUUUCCUGCACCUCCGCCAUUCUUCUCGGAGUUAGUGAAUCUCUUGCCUGAGCUGACCCUUCGAGAACUCUGCAUGAGGGACAGAGAGAGAACAACUGAAAAGACAGGAUUCAGUCCACACAGCAGAGGUCUACAGUGUGCUGAAAGAGUCUCAGCCCACCAUUACAAUGAGAGACACUGUUUGGACCUGGAGACCAAUGAGUUAGAAAAAAGGUCACGACAAAGUCUUGAAAGGGUGCCAUCAAAACACCAUCACCACGAGUGGCCUCAAAGUAAAGAAGAAGUUGACCAACAUGACUUUGUUCCAAUGGGAAAGCCUCAACAGACCUACACUGCAGAAGACUGGUACGUUGGCGCUUGUAGUCGAGCGGAUGCUGAGCACGCCUUGCACCUGGUGAACAAGGACGGGGCAUUUUUGGUACGGGACUGCUCCAUGAGCACCAACAGUGAACCCUUGGUAUUGGCUGUGUAUCAUGAGAAGAAGGUUUACAACGUAAAAAUUCGGUUCAUUGAGAGCAUGAGGAAGUACGCCCUGGGAACACGACAACGAUCAAUUGAUAUGUUUGACUCAGUGCCAGACAUCAUCAAGUUCCACUCCAUUUUUCCAAUAAUACUCAUCAGCGGGAGAAACACGCCUGGAAGCAGAUACUCAGAAAACUGUGUUCUCACAUGUCCUGUAACGAAAACGGACGUAGACCAGCUGCUGCAGUAACAAAAGUCCCGCUCUAUCAAAGAUAAACUGUUGAAUCCCAUCUGUUUCAUCAUGUUAUGUCUCUAUGUUACCCAAAAUAUCCACUAAGUUUAUUGUGUAUGCAAAUUGUCCAAAAUGUGCUUAAUCUAAGCAUUAGUCUGCAGCAAAUUAUUAUUUUCAUUAUCAGUUUCAUUAUCUGUUGAUUUAUUUUAAUCUUUAAGACUAUAAAAUGUCACAAAGUAGAGAAAAAUGUGCCUCACAUGUUUCUAAAGCCUAAGGUGAUGUAUUUAUAUUGCCUUUAUAAGGUCCAACAGUCCAAAACACAAAGAUGAUCGCUUUACAGUGCUAGAAAAACAGACAGAACACAUGUGAAGCUGGAAGCAGUGAAUGUAAUUGUAAUUUUUGCUUGCUUGAUCAUUUCAAUUUGACUACCAAAACAGUUGGCAAUUAAUUUGCCAGUCAAUUAUUGGCUAGCUCUUUAAGAGACCAGUCCUUCCAACUCUAAUUUUAAUCACUGAAGCACUGAUUUCAUCACAAUUAUGACUCAGUAAGUCAAAAUUCUAAGGCAGUAAGUCAACACCAGUGGUGGCCACCAGUGAAGCAUUCAGACAGAGCUAAUUUUAAUUUCUUGUUUUGUACUUUAACAUAGAAUAAUAUCAUAAUUUAUUAGUUGAUAUGUAUUUUAUAUUAAUAAUCUAAAUCUGCAAAGUAACUAGUAAGUAAAGCUGUUUGAUGGAUGAAAUGCAUACACAACAUUUUUGCUGUUACAUCAGUCACUCUGCACCAAAUCUCUGCUGCUUGGCAACGCUGCCUGCUUAUUCACAAAGUUGAAGUCCAACGCUGCCUUGAUGCAACGUCACACAGAGCCAUUAAACAAAUGUCAGCAGUAAGUCUGUAAUCGUUUUAAUGCCGGGGGGGGGGGGGGGGGGGGUAUGACAAACUGCGUCUUCGCAUGUUUCUCCUCUACAGCUUCUGUUAGCUAAACUCUGGCUUUCUGGCAAAUUUAACAGUCCAACACAAUCAAAUUUAAAAUCUGCAUACCCUCCCUUUCUACAAUUGAUUUAAGCCAUUUUACAACACGCAUGAUAAGAGUUAACUUCACAUUGCUUAUCAUAUGUGGAGACAUUUGUUCACCAACAUGCAUUGUAGUGUUGCACACUGAACCAUUCCAGAGAGUGUAUGAAACUGCAUUUUUACAAUGCUUCAACAUCAGAAUGAAAUACGGAUCAUCAAGUGUUCGAAAUACAUCAAAACUCAAUGCAGCAGGUGCCAAUGAAGCAGCUGUUCUGUGUUCAGUAAAAGGACUUAAAUACAUUUUCAAUUGUUAUGUUACUAAUAAGCCAUAUAAUGUGCAUACAGCAUGAGAACGCUUAUAUAUUUUAGUGAUCAGGAGCACAUUAUGCGAUGCAGUUUUGUUGAAUAAAAAGGUAAUACGCCAUAAAAUUGUGAUUAUUUACAUCAUUUUAAUAAAAAAAGAGAGAAGAUACACAAUUGUUAUUAUAAAAGCAUGUAACAUGAUAAUGACCGCGGAGUAUGAAGAAAAAUAAAAACUGUUUCAGUUUUAACCAGAAAAUGACAAAUUCUCACACAAAUGAGUGAAUGAAAAGCAAAGCAAAAAACAUUCAGAAGGAACUGUCACACACUUAAACAACUUUAAAAUAAUUAUAUAUGACAAAGACUGUACGGCAGCUCGCAGUGUGAGGAAGUUAAUACACAACAUAACUCCUGUUUGAGAAGAGGCUGAGGAAUGUUAACCAUUUCCUACCGAGUAUAAACACCAGUUAUCAUGUUUUAUAUUCACAGAUAUUUACACAAUAAAAUCUGUGGGUGACCCAAACAUAUAUACACAGUAAAAACUGCAGGCAACCAAAACCUAUAGGAUUUUAUCAUAGGUCUAGCACCUCAUACAUGAUGAUUAAAUUACAAAACAGAACACACAGGUGUCGCAAUGCUGUCACAAGAGCAAACAAAUCAGAAAAGUAUGUGGACAGAUGAUCAUGUGUGCUAUUUUCGUGGUUUGUGAAAAAUAUACAAGUCUGGAAAUGUUUUUAAAGUCCCCAGAAUAACUACAGUCACCGAGUAUGUACAUGGCAGUAAAAUAAAAUUCUCAAAAAAAA